CAUCCGAUCCUACUCACCACUCACCACCACAGCUCAGCUCGGAGAAGCGAAGAGGAGGAAGAAGAGCAAGACGCCGAUGGUUACGCGUGUGUGCUAGUGGCUGAGCACUAGCGGCGGCGGCGGCGGCGACGGCGACGACGACCUCACCCACGGCGGCGACACAUGUUGAGUGAACAAACGGCGGCUAGUGGUAGCAGCAGCAGCAGCCGCGGCGCCGACGACCGGGAGAUUGUCAUCAGCACCGGCCGGGAGAUCGUCGUCAGAAGCAGCGGGGGUGAGGAGAGGGAGGAGGAGGUGGUGGUGGAGGAGGAGCUCGAGGAGCCGGAGUUCAGGGACAUCCACGCGCUGAGCCCGCCGCCGACGCCGACGCCGAGCCAGCCGUCGUCGUCGUACCACCGGCGGAGGAGGGAGUCGUGGGAGUCCGCGGCGGGGAGCAGGCACACGUCGAUCCGCUCCGUGGGGAGCGACACCGCCCCAAGUGAGCUCUUCCCUACUAUGAGCAGGGAGUUCUCGGCCAUGGUCGCCGCAGCAGCCAACGCCAACGCCGCCGCCGCCGCAGCCGCGAACGGCGGCGACUCCAGCCGCGCCGGGGUGGACGACGCGCUGGGGAGGAUCGGGGAGGAUGAGCUCGAGGAGACGAACCCGCUCGCCAUCGUCCCGGACAGCAACCCCAUCCCGUCCCCUCGCCGCGCCCACCUCGCGCUCCCCGCCCCCGGCGACGUGUCGUCGGCGGGCGGCGGCCACGGCGACGAGGUGUCGGUGGGGCAGGUGAAGAAGGAGGAGGUGGAGUCCAAGAUCGCCGCGUGGCAGAUCGCCGAGGUCGCCAAGGUCAACAACCGCUUCAAGCGCGAGGAGGUCGUCAUCAAUGGCUGGGAGGGCGACCAGGUCGAGAAGGCCAACGCCUGGCUCAAGAAGUACGAGAGGAAGCUGGAGGAGAAGAGGGCCAAGGCGAUGGAGAAGGCGCAGAACGAGGUGGCGAAGGCGCGGCGGAAGGCGGAGGAGAAGCGGGCGUCGGCGGAGGCGAAGAGGGGCACCAAGGUGGCGCGCGUGCUGGAGCUCGCCAACUUCAUGAGGGCCGUGGGGAGGGCGCCAUCCAAGCGCUCCUUCUUCUGAGCGACCGCGCCACCCUCUUCCCCUCCUCCUCCUCCUCUCUGCUUUGCUCGCCGCCGUCGCCGUCGUCGUCGUCGCCGGCGCCGGCGGCUGAUCGUUCACCGCUUCGCUUCACACGCAGGGAUCAGUGCUGUGAUGUGGUUGCUGUGUGGAACUCUCGUUUUAGUGUUGUAUCCACAUGUAUGAUGUACUGUCAUCAUAUCCUCUCUUUUUUUUCUUUUUUUCUUGUUCUCUUUACUUUCUUGUGCUUGAUAAGGGUAUUGCAAAGUUGGGAGGGACAGACAGAACAAGUAAAUAGCAUAAGUUGGAUGGUGCUCUGCCCCUUAUAGCUUAUGGUGAGGGGGACAAGAGCUGCCUGUAAUUUGUUUUUUGUCAUCAUCAAGGAUUGUGUAUGUCAAUAUGAACAAGAUAUGGAGCUACCUGUUUUGUGUAA